CUUCAGCAAGGAGCACACCACCACACCGUCUGCUUUGGAUUACACAUUCACCAUCACACAGGGAAUAUAAUACAGGACGUCUACAGAGGAGUGUACAGCCCCAACAACAGUAGAGCAACAUGGGGAGCAGCAUGUCAUGUGUUCCCCAACACAACUUCAGGUUCUCCAGCAAGAGUUUCAUACGCAGGAACAGGUAAGGAAGGAAGAACGAUCCCUCAUAAAACACAUCUUCAACUCUGUAUUUUCACUGUACUUCUGGUGUUUGUUCAAGACAGAGCCUAAAUGUCAUACAUGUCUGGCUCAUUCGUUGUGGUGUGUUAUUUUAGACUUGGCUGUUUCAGCUGGAGGGAAAUCCUGGUAUUUCACAGCGUUUGAGCUGUAUGGUUUAAAUGGAGGUUGUGAGGUUUAUGGGGUCAGAGUCAGGAUCACAUAGGGGGUACAUGAGAGCACAUGAGCAGUGAUAUCUUUCUGACUGUGUGAACACCAUAAUUACAACUGUGUUUAAAACUGUAUGUGUGUACUGCAGUUACCAUUUGCCUUAUUUCCAUCUAAUCUGAUGUGUCGGUUGUCAGAUAAUAUGGUUCCCUUCUCUUAUCAGGAUCUAAGCCCCAAUAGAAUAGUAUAGAAUUGAAUAGACUGGUUCGAAUAGAAUAGGAACACUGCCGGGACAUGAAGAGUCAAUAUCCUGGUCAUGAAAUAAUUAUCUUGUAUGGGUUGGACGACUGCUCAAGUAUUGAUUAGCAGUGUUGUAAGCUUAUGCUACUUUAAUGAACUAUCAGUAUAAAUAAAUCAAGACUUUCUGCUUUUUCUUAUGGGAGAUUCCACGCCAGCGGGAGCAGAACAUAUUUUUGAUAUCUCAGAUUGUUCUGGCAAUUCUCACAUAGAAACUUCAUUGGGAGGAAGGAUGUUUGACAUGCUUUUUUAGAUUUGUAUCACAAACAAUUGAUUUUUUUAUCAUGAUGAGAGUGUCCAUUUUAUGCCCUUUCUAGACUUUUUAUAUGCCUUAUGAUCCAUCAACUGUACAUGAUACAGACAACAUCUUGGAGUCAUACUCCUUAUAGUGUGCUCUAACAUAUGGAUUAUGUCUAGAUUCGGAAAUAUACAUUUUCACAUUUAUUUACUUAAUAUGAAUAUCUCAAAACUACCCUUUUUGGUUUUGUUCAUUUUAAGACAUUGUUUGAAACAAUAUACUCUACAAGUACAUCACAUUUCCAGAGUGGGCUCUCUCUGACCCUCUCUCUCCACGCACGCAUGCACACACACACAGGUGAUUUGAUUGUUCAACUUGGAACAAUAACAUCAGUGUCCUCACUCCCUCUAUGUCCUGCUGUCUGUGUGUUAGGGAAACAGGCCAGGUUCAGUUCAGGUAUUCCCUACAGAGCCAAGCGAUUGAAUGUGAAUGCCAAUCCAGUGACACAAAGAAUGCUAGGUUCGCAGCUACGUGUCUAUUAUCUGCAUCAGACAGUCAGUGUACACAACUUAAUUUUUGUCAUUUAGCAGACGCUCUUAUCCAGAGCGACUUACAGGAGCAAUUAGGGUUAAGUGCCUUGCUCAAGGGCACAUCGACAGAUUGUUCACCUAGUCGGCUCGGGGAUUAGAACCAGCGACCUUUUGGUUACUGGCACAACGCUCUUAACCACUAAGCUACCUGCCGCCCUGUUCAGAACUCAAAGAACAAGAACCUGCAAAAUAGCGAUCUCAUUAUUUGAUGAUUGAUUGAUGCUUGCCAGUCAUGUUAGUCAGUCAUCACAUACUGAUCCGAAGUUGAUUCCCACAUAGCACAACAAAGAUAUUGUUCGCGCUAACGACAUUCAGAUUGGACACAGGGAGAUAGACUCGAGGGAGCUUGUAAAAGUUGACUCCCUCUGUUAUCAACGCACCGGAAAAGCUUAGCUAUAAAGAUGUGACACUAAUGAUAACAGAUGGGGGUCAGUCGUGACAAUGGAAGACAUUGAAGCCUGAUUGAUCUAUUCAUGCCCUGCCUAUCUCAGACACAAGCCCUGGUUGUUCUGCUCAGUUCAAUUGGUGAUAUUGAACGGAACUGAUGAGAGAGUUCCUGGUCAAUUGAGAUCACACGAUGAGAAACAAACCAUGUUUCGACGUCAUUAAGCUGUCAAGAAAAAAAAGAGCAAAGGUUGGAUCGCGAUGGGAAUUUACUCACUCGGAGAAACCAGUUAAAAAGUCCAGAUUUACAAAGCGACACCAAGCAGUAUUUUACACUCCUCACACUUUCAAACCAAAAACCAGACAAGAGAACUCUUCAGAAAGAAACACAUCUGUCUUGAACUCAUUAAAAAAACAAAUCUGCCAUUGGGAACCUAACUGGUAAUACAGCAAGCAGAUAGGCUAGGCUACAUUUACAUUUUAGUCAUUUAGCAGACGCUCUUACCCAGAGCGACUUACAGUUAGUGAGUGCAUACAUUUUCAUACUGGCCCCCCAUGUGAAUCGAACCCACAACCCUGGCGUUGGAAGCGCCAUGCUCUACCAACUGAGCUACACGGGAUUGUAUGGUAAACAUGGGAGAGCGAGUUCUAACACAUGCUUCUCUCCCCAUUCCCUCCCCUCCCGAGCAGCAGUCGCUUGUUCCGUAAGAAUUAUCCCCAGGAAGGACAGGAGAAGUCCAACAGCAUCAUCAAUAUUCUCUGCACUGUCACCCCGAGGAAGGUAAGGACUGCUGAAAAUAUGCCUCUCUCUCUACCAUAGACAUAUUUCAUUAACAUACACAAAUAUUCCAUAUCUAAUUGUCUCAUCUCACCAUAUCAGACAAACACACUUACUAUGUCCAUACCUGUAUACUGUAUACAGUGGCUUGCGAAAGUGGUGUUGCAGACUCUGAAGCCUUUCAGAACAGGUGUAUAUAUACUGAGAUCAUGUGGCAGAACAUGUGACACUUAGAUUGCACACAGGUGGACUUUAUUUAACUAAUUAUGUGACUUCUGAAGGUAAUUGGUGCACCAGAUCUUAUUUAGGGGCUUCAUAGCAAAGGGGGUGAACACAUAUGCACGCACCACUUUUCCGUUAUUUAUUUUUUAGAAUUCUUUGAAACAAGUUAUUUUUUUUAUUUCACUUCACCAAUUUUGACUAUUUUGUUGUAAUGCAACAAAAUAGGAAAAACGCCAAGGGGGAUGAAUACUUUUGCAAGGCACUGUAUAUCUAUCUAAAAUUAGCUAUCCUUCUGUCCUGUAGGAACCAGAAAAGUGUUCUCCUAUAGGGACAACCAAAUAAACCUUUAAGAAAAAACAUUACCUCUACAUUAGUCUUGUCUUAACAACCAAACUUAUUUAACCUUUUACUGCAGUGGGCUAAAUAAGGGUCACACAGAAUGAUUCUUGGUAGUCUUAAACAAAUCUACUUUGAAACAAAAGUACACACUUCACACACAUGCUUAUGGGCUUUUAAAAAAUAAGACACCUGUACCAUGUCAGAUGUAGAAUUAAAAUGUAUUCAAUUUUGAGUUUGCAUCCCAAUAUUACAUUUUAUAUACAGUUCAUCACAGAAGACUGAAAUAUAACAAAACUGUUUGACAUAGAAACACUGAAUAUUCGUCGUGAUAAAAAAAUAACUGUUAUUAAUUAUGUAAAUAUGAUAAAUAUUAAUAACAUUCCACCCAUUGGGCCAAAGAGGGCGCUUCUGGUCAUUGACUGCAGGAAAGGGCUAUGUAAGUUUGUUGUGUACAGCGGUCUAAUGUUCACUGACGUGAUUGCCGGUUGCAGGAAAUGACCCAUAAAGACCUGCAGGCGAUCGAGAACGUUAAGUGGGACCCUCCGUUCCCUUACGACCCGGUCAGUGGCUGGAAGAAGAGCAGCAUCAAUGUCAAGAACUACGGCAGGAUGGUCCACCAUUCUAAAGUCCGUUUCCGCUUUCUCCACUGCCAGGUGAGACAUACCUACACACAUAGACAUACACACAUAGACAUACACACAGAGACAUACACACAGAGACAUGCGCACACACACCAACUUGGUCUCAGGGCAAUUCGUAUUAUUCUGUACAUAAAUCUGUGAUACUCCAUUUAGUAUGAUAUGUUACAUUACAUUAAGUUAUAUUAUGAAUGGAAUAACGGUUGUAUAAUAUCAUAUGAUUUAUAGUAUUAUACGUCUUUCACUGAGACCAGGUUGCUUUUAGCGUUAUAACAACAAAAGGAGAAUGUCUGAAGUAACUAUACCAUUAGUAGGUAUCAUAUGUCUUGGAGGUUCUCAGAAAUACGUAAAGUAUGUUUUGUAUGGUUCUGAUGACAGGCCAUGCGAGCACACACAGACACACACACACACACACACUUAUACAGCGUUACCUCAAGUCACUUUAUAUACACUACAUGACCAGAAGUAUGUGGACAUCUCAUUCCAAAAUCAUGGGUAUUAAUAUGGAGUUGGUCCCCACUUUGUUGCUAUAACAGCCUCCACUCUUCUGGGAAGGCUUUCCACUAGAUGUUGGAACAUUGCUGCGGGGACUUGCUUCCAUUCAGCCACAAGAGCAUUAGUGAGGCCAGGCACUGAUGUUGGGCGAUUAGGCCUGGCUCGCAGUAGGCGUUCCAAUUCAUCCCAAAGGUGUUCGAUGGGGUUGAGGUCAGGGCUCUGUGGAGGCCAGUUAAGUUCUUCCACACCGAUCUCGACAAACCAUUUCUGUAUGGACCUCGCUUUGUGCACAGGGGCAUUGUCAUGCUGAAACAGGAAAGGGCCUUCCCCAAACUGUUGCCACAAAGUUGGAAGCACAGAAUCGUCUAGAAUGUCAUUGUAUGCUGUAGCGUUAAUAUUUCCCAUCACUGGAACUAAGGGGCCUAGCCCGAACCAUGAAAAACAGCCCUAGACCAUUAUUCCUCCUCCACCAAACUUCACAAUUGGCGCUAUGCAUUGGGGCAGGUAGCGUUCUCCUGGCAUCCGCCAAACCCAGAUUCGUCCGUCGGACUGCCAGAUGCUGUAGCGUGAUACAUCACUCCAGAGAACGCGUUUCCACUGUCCAUUGGCGGCGAGCUUUACACCAGUCCAGCCGACACUUGGCAUUGCACAUGGUGAUCUUAGGCUUGUGUGCGGCUGCUCGGCCAUGGAAACCCAUUUCAUGAAGCUCCCGAAGAACAGUUCUUGUGCUGACGACGGACAGUUCUUGUGCUGACGUUUCUUCCAGAGGCACUUUGGAACUCGGUAGUGAGUGUUGCAACCGAGGACAGGCGAUUUUUACGUGCUACGCACAUCAGCACUCGGCGGUCCCAUUCUGUGAGCUUGUGUGGCCUACCACUUCGCGCCUGAGCUGUUGUUGCUCCUAGACAUUUCCACAUCACAUUAACUGCACAUACAGUUGACCUGGCCAGCUCUAGCAGGGCAGAAAUUUGAUGAACUGACUUGUUGGAAAGGUGGCAUCCUAUGACGGUGCCACGUUGAACGUCACUGAGCUCUUCAGUAAGGCCAUUCUACUGCCAAUGUUUGUCGACGGAGAUUGCAUGGCGGUGUACUCGAUUUUAUACACCUGUCAGCAACGGGUGUGGCUGAAAUAGCCACAUCCACUAAUUUGAAGGGGUGUCCACAUACUUUUGUGUAUAUAUAGUGUAUUUAACUAACUACAUUAAUGAAAAAAUGACACAGCACAAUAAACAUAUCUCCACACAGUCAUUGUGGUUAAUGAGGUAUUUAAACAAGCCUCAGCCCCACAGUGAAACAGCGUGUUAGUCACCCGGACGGGAGGCAAACCAAACAAACAGGUGGAGGGGACAGGAUGUAGCCUAUGCUCUGUGGCAGUGUGAAGCGCUUAGCUAACGCUUAGCUACAUUGACGCGGUGACCGGCGGUGAUGAAUCAAAACAGUGUUCAGUUUAGGGGACCUGUGUUUGAACACGCUGAGCUCUGAGGGACCAGGAAACACCUCCCUGAGACAAACACAGGGCUGAUCUCAGAACAGGUAUAUGGGAAAACAGGUGCCCAACCGUGGGAAUCUGUCACAGAUGCAACCAUGCUGUCAAGAAAAGAGGGAGAGAGAAAAAAAGGUUGAAAGAAUGGACUGUUGGAUGAGGUCAUAGGGGAAAGAACACAUUGUUUGGUAACUCAAUACAAUGCCGAACGUAAAGCGAGGAAGUAUUGCUUCACUGUUUUGUUGAAAAAGAGGUGAACCCUAAAAUAGUUGAAGGCUUGUCAAAUGUCAGGAAGUUAUUGUAAAUCACAAGUCCUCAUAAUAACACAAAUCCUCAUAAUCCAAGUCCCAGCACACCACUUCCUAUAGGUGUAAAAUGACAUUCAAAUCAACGUUGACAGCAUUAUAGGAUCGUUAAGAAUAAGACCAGCCCGUUAGAAACACAGGAUGUUGUUGACAGGAUGCUGAUUUGGAGAUUGAUUCAUCAUGACAUUAUGCUCGUCUCAAAUGGAACCCUAUUCCCAUUCAGUGCACUACUUCUGACCAGGGCCCAUACGCUCUGGUCAAAAGUAGUGCAAUUUAUAGGGAAUAGGGUGCUAUUUAGGACUCAUCCAUUGCACUGGGUCAAGACGCCACUCCUUUUGAUCAUCAGAGAAAAAGAGUGCAGAGGUCUGGGUAGAAACAAAGACUAUGUUGCCCCUUAGGACCACUGUAAUAGACAUAUAGUCAUGAAGUGAUAUUCCAGUUGGUGUUAUUAGACAAGCUAAUAGGAGACUUGAUCAUGUAAAGAUUAUAGUGUUAUACUGUUCUCGCUUCUAGUUCAAGACCUUAAAUCCUGCAUAGAUUGGUUUGACGAUAUCUGCUAUGACCUCACCCUCUCUCUCUCUCUCUCUCUCUCUGCAGGAUGUGCAUGACUGCUACCUGGACCUUUUCCAGACACACCUUCAUUUUGUCUCCAACAACACAACUGGACUCACCUACCAGGUGAGGCUUUCCAACCAUCUGUUUUUCAAAGGCUGACAUUAUGUUAUUUAUGGAGAGAUUGCUGUCAAAAUGUUGUAAAUGAAUGAGUGAUGAUCACAAAUCGCUGAAAUGGAGAGGACAUUUUUACUAUGACACAGUAGUUUCAGUGCAGUGAUUGUAAGUCACUCUGUAUAAGAGCAUCCGCUAAAUGACUAAAAUGUAAAGGCUACAUCGUUUUCAAUCUCUGUUGUGCCUCUAGACACGCGUUCCCUGCCAACAGCUUGUGUGUUGGUAAACAUAGUGUGUAUGAUUCUGUCUCCUUAACCUGUCUCGCAAAACUAUGAGCAGUCAUUAAUCACUGUGGUACAGUGUCUAUGUUUGUUAGCAUUAGACUUGCACCAGACUCAGUGACUGCUGGGAAGCUGCUGGAGCAUUAGUGGAUAUUAGUCAUUGAGUAAAUGAUAACAAAUGUAAGGCCUAAUACAAUCACAGAUGUACCUGGCUGGCUUUAGUUUCACGCCAACUAAUAGUGAUAUUUGCGUAAAUUAGAAAUGUAAUUCGAUUGAAAUCUCUUACGUCGCUGUCGGACGAAAACCUUGUAUCUCCAAAACGGAAACAAAUGAUGAUCAUGAAAUCACCAAACUUCAGAAGCUAUUUUGAAACAAAAAUCUCGGUCCUGGAGUCAUUAAAUGUACAUAAGGGGAGGGACUGAUGUCAAUUCAUAUAGGUUCGAAAAUUGAAUUGUUCAUUAAGUUUACACAGAAUGAAAAAAAUAUAUCAAAUUUGGCAACAAUUAAGUUAUGAUGUACAGUACGCUUGAAAAACUGUGUACCCCAUCCUUUCUAUAUAGUAUAUUUCUAUGGUCCCGACAAUGAUACUGUAUGAUGAAAUGGAAUGAUUGAACGAUUGAGAUUUGACUUUUCUUUUGUGCUGUGCAGGGGACUCUUCCUUUGAAAGAGCUAACCAUCUGCAACCUGCAGCAAAACUGUAACUACAGCCAACCUCAGGAAUUUGCCUUCCAGAUCAACGGUGAGUUGUCCUUUUACUUGAAAGGAAAAAACGAUUCACUUCAUGUGCUAGUGGUAUUCAGAACUGGGACAGCAUGGAGUGCUGAGAUGUUGCAAUCAUCUGUUUUAUGUUUUCUAUUGACUAUAGCCAAUCAGUCUGUGUUGAGUUGCCAUUGGAUCGUCUUGUAGGCUAUUUAUAGUUAUUUAUGAUUCACAGACUAACUUCAAGCUGCUCUGUAACUCAGUGGUGUGGUAGGCAAGGUUUUAUUCUCAACAAUUGAGACAAAGAAAAUCUUGUUCAGAAAUGUAGGAAUGUUGGUUUGCAUUUGCAUAAAAACACCAAUAUUGUAGUGACUAAAUGCACAUCUUCUUUCAACCAGUCUCAAAGGUACUUGAGAUGCGUGCGCAUAACUCGACUGUCACGGAAAUCUUGUAUUACUGUCAAUGGAUGACGUGUACAAAAAAUUGACAUUAAGCGCACGGUUCUCAGGUUUCGUUUCUCUCUCUGCAAAGACAGACAGAGCCCACAUUCACUUUCACGAUCCCAAGCCGAACACCACACGUAAUUUUCAACUGGUGGCCUUUCCUAUGUUCCGACAUUCCGGUGAUUCAAAAGUGCCAUGACCCCUUUCACCUCCCCUCAACCCUAAGACUAACUAGAGUCACCCCUCUCCACCCUCGGUCAGGGGGCCAAGCCUCUCUUGAAGGCCCCACUUGUUAUAUGACAGGUGCCCCUGAACUCGCUCAGCUGUCGAGGCAGAAAAGGCCAGGGCUCACUCUCAGCCCUGUGAAGACGUAUAAUCUAUAGCACAUUCCAGUUGCACCCUACUUAACGCCUACUGUCCCCUUAGGAUCAGGGCCCGUAUCCACAAACAUCUCAAAGUAGGAGUGCUGAUCUAGGGUCUGUCCAUGUAAUCUUAUUAAUUAUUAUCUUGAAAGCAUAACUGAUCCUAGAUCAGUACUCCUACUCUGAGAGGCUUUGCCCUGAUCUCCAAAUGUUCGAGGACUUUAUUAUCAACUUCACUGUGUCUUUGAUAAUGAUGACCGAAAGUAGUUGUAUGCUGAAUUUGAGCAUGGUUGCCAUAUCUGAUGUGCCUUAGCCAGCUUAUCUAUCGUCUGUUCUAUGGCAUGACAAUGAAGGUCAGAGGAGUUGGCUAAAGUACAGACAUACCUGGCAACCGGGCUAGAAUUGGAACGCUUUUGCGAUUGAAAUGUGUUGAUAAUGGGAUCUUCGUCGUUUCUCUGAAUUCAACAUGACACUAAUACGAUCAUUUUGUAGACACAUUCUUUAUUCUUUAUUUGUAUUUCUUUAUAAUUCCGAUCAUGUUAUUGAAAUGGGAGAGAUCUCCACUAUCAAAACGUUUUCUUUGUUACACAUGGCCAAAACAUACUUCACAUUCAGAGAUAUUUCUUGGAACAAACUGAUUUAAUAAAGUAUUAUGUUUCAGAUGUUUUCCCUGUUCUUAGAGAGCCUUUAUUUACAUAGAGGGCGGCUGCAGUGCACUUGACUGGAAACACAUGUAGAGUUAGCAUGACAAAACUCUGAGUCAAGUGAGAGAUUGUGCUCAGCAGCGAUAUCUCGGAAUGAAAAUCUUUCACAUCUUCCUCAUUGCUACACUGAUGAGUAAGCUUUACUGUAAGCACUAGCAGGAGUUGACUUAGCAUGACGGAUAGGCACAUGUACACUCCCGAAUACUGCCCUAAAAAGUCCCGGGAAGUUCCUACAAAGGUUUAGUUAGGGUCAUGUCGCAACAGUCAUAACUUGAGUAAGUCUGUUUAUUCAUCAUAUUUUUGUAUUCUAAUAGAGAUAGAUUUGAGAGGGCAACACAGCCAGGAAAGAGUGGCGAAGGGAAGGGGAUGCUGGACACCCCGGCCUCUAGGGGGAAUGGGCUCAGAAGUCCGGAGUCGACAGCGUUACCCCUAGUCCGGACUCUCGCACUCCCAUAAGUCAGUUAAUAACAUUUCAUUUUUGCCCUUGAUCAUGACACUCCCUCGAUUUAGGCAUUUUCCCACGGGUCAAGUGAGGACAGAGAAAGCCCUAAAGAGGGCUUGACUGGUUGUUUCAUGAACCUAGGCCUAUUGUUCCUGGCUGUGGGGCGGCAGAUAGCUUAGUGAUUAAGAGCGUUGUGCCAGUAACCGAAAGGUCGCUGGUUCUAAUCCCCGAGCCGACUAGGUGAAAAAUCUGUCGGUGUGCCCUUGAGCUAAUUGCUCCUGUAAGUCGCUCUGGAUAAGAGCGUCUGCUAAAUGACAAAAAUGUAAUGUUCUGACCUGUCCACCUUAUUAGUGGAUGCUGAUGUUAUUAAGUGUUAUUAAGGCUGGAAUGAAUAGAAAGAAAAUCAACAAAUAAGAACAACAAGGCUGUACAUUUCCUGCAAUUAUUCCCAGUUGGCCAUGGGGUGGAGAGAAAUCUGUUCAGUUUUAAAGCUAAUGCAAAUCAAAAAAUGUUGCUAUGACUUAUGUCAUGUUAAUGAUAUCUGAGUGAGAGUGACUAACAAAAUCAAUGGGGGCCCCAUGGAGGUCAGGGCCCCUGGGCACAUGCCCUGCGUGCCCGGUCGGUAUUCGGCCAUGAUUACUACAAGUUUAGAUAUCUGGCUAGACUAACUUACUCAUCUAAAAAUUGUUAGCUGUCAUUGCUAAUUGAGUGACUGUCUGUAACUGACAUAACAAGAGAAAACGGAAUGAAAGAGGCUAUCUCGCCUGUUAUCUCUGGUAUGUGUGGGGCUGAUAAAGGGAGAUUCCAGCUCUUUUCACAUCAGGUCGUGUAGGCUACAUUCCUCUUGGGAAGGACGGCAGUCCGGAGGGAGGUGGGCUUGCUUCCCCACUAGCUGAGCUGUUAGGAGGCUAAAGAGAGCAGGGGCCAUGUGUGUCAAGCGUCUCAAAGUAGAAGUGGUGAUUUAUGACCAGUGUUACCUUUUAGAUCAUAAUGAAUAAGAUCACAUGGACAUGGGGGACCUGAUCCUAGAUCAGCAGUCAUGCUCUGAGACGCUUUAUGAAUACCGGCGCAGGUCACGCACUCUCUCCUGUAAUGGUUUACAUGUACAGUGCAUUCGGAAAGUAUUCAGACCUCUUGACUUUUUCCACAUUUUCUUACGUUACAGCCUUAUUCUAAAAAUCUACACACAAUACCCCAUAAUGACAAAGUGAAAACAGGUUUUUAGAAAUGUGUGAAAAUGUAUAAAAAAUAUAAAAAUAAAGAAGUACCUUAUUUACCUAAGUAUUCAGACCCUAUGCUAUGAGACUCGAAAUUGAGCUCAGGUGCAUCCUCUUUCCAUUGAUCAUAAUAAUAUGCCAUUUAGCAGACGCUUUUAUCUAAAGCAACUUACAGUCAUGCGUGCAUACAUUUUUUUGUGUAUGGGUGGUCCCGGGGAUCGAACCCACUACCUUGGCGUUACAAGCGCCGUGCUCUACCAGCUGAGCUACAGAGGACCACGUCCUUGAGAUGUUUCUACAACUUGAUUUCAGUCCACCUGUGGUGAAUUCAAUUGAAUGGACAUGAUUUGGAAAGGCACACACCUGUCUAUAUAAGGUCCCACAGUUGACAGUGCAUGUCAGAGUAAAAACCAAGCCAUGAGGUCGAAGGAAUUGUCCGUAGAGCUCCGAGACAGGAUUGUGUCGAGGCACAGAUCUGGGGAAGGCUACCAAAACAUUUCUGCAGCAUUGAAGGACCCCAAGAACACAGUGGCCUCCAUCAUUCUUAAAUGGAAGAAGUUUGGAACCACCAAGACUCUUAAUAGAGCUGGCCGCCCGGCCAAACUGAGCAGUCAGGGGAGAAGGGCCUUGGUCAGGGAGGUGACCAAGAACCCGAUGAUCACUCUAACAGAGCUCCAUAGUUCCUCUGUGGAGAUGGGAGAAUCUUCCAGAAGGACAACCAUCUCUGCAGCUCUCCACCAAUCAGGCCUUUAUGGUAGAGUGGUCAGACAGAAGCCACUCCUCAGUAAAAGGCACAUGACAGCCCGCUUGGAGUUUGCCAAAAGGCACCUAAAGGAAACAAGAUUCUCUGGUCUGAUGAAACCAAGAUUGAACUCUUUGGCCUGAAUGCCAAGCGUCAUGUCUGGAGGAAACCUGGCACCAUCCCUACGGUGAAGCAUGGUGGUGGCAGCAUCAUGCUGUGGGGAUGUUUUUCAGCGGCAGGGACUGGGAGACUAGUCAGGAUCAAGGGAAAGAUGAACGGAGCAAAGUACAGAGAGAUCCUUGAUGAAAACCUGCUCCAGAGCUCUCAGGACCUCAGACUGGGGCGAAGGUUCACCUUCCAACAGGACAACGACCCUAAGCACACAGCCAAGACAACGCAGGAGUGGCUUCGGGACAAGUCUCUGAAUGUCCUGGAGUGGCCCAGCCAGACCCCGGACUUGAACCCGAUCGAACAUCUCUGGAGAGACCUGAAAAUAGCUGUGCAGCGACGCUACCCAUCCAAUUUGACAGAGCUUGAGAGGAUCUGCAGAGAAGAAUGGGAGAAACUCCCCAAAUACAGGUGUGCCAAACUUGUAGCGUCAUACCCAAGAAGACUCGAGGCUGUAAUCGCUGCCAAAGGUGCUUCAACAAAGUACUGAGUAAAGGGUCUGAAUACUUAUGUAAAUGAGAUAUUUCAAAUAUUUUGUUUUUUUUUGCAAAGAAAAUCUAAAAACCAGUUUUUGCUUAGUCAUUAUGUGGUAUUGUGUGUAGAUUAAUUAGAUUUGUAAAAAAAUGUUUUUAUUCAUUUUAGAAUAAGGCUGUAAUGUAAUAAAAUGUAGAAAAAGUAAAGGGGUCUGAAAACGUUCUGAAUGCACUGUAUGUCAAUGGUUUCACACGUAACCAAACCUGGUUUGACUCUACAAGGGAUCUUCUGUGGAAGUUUGACAGAAUGUGUCAUUAACAUGACAGGGAGCUCUACUUAUUAUUAUAUAUAUUUUUUUUACAUAAUUUCUUUCUGAAAUAGUGUUAAACCCAAAAUCAUGAUUUACCGGCGAUGACAAACUGCCAUUGCCAUGACAUAGAUCUUUCUAUUUGUAAAUAGAUAGGGUAGGGCUUUAGCUGGAAGCGCUGGUGGCCGGCUACUUCCCUUUUGACUCCUCUGACACCAUGAUCUUUGACCCCUGCAGGUGUCAGCCGGAACCCUAUCAUUGUCUACUGUUCCAACCAGGAGGAGAUCGACCUGUGGUUUGGCCUGCUCAAAGAACACAUCGAGAUCAACGGGGGCACCCCCAUUGCACCUCUCGAGACCUACACCAGGGUUAAGGUAAUAAAAUAAUACUGUUUCAUUUGUAUGGCAGUGCAGAUGGAAUUAAAGGAAAGGAGACCAGUUGAGUAGGCCAAAAAGUAGUCCAUCAACAGGAUGUGUUGAGUCAUGACUGUCUCUCCCUGAGGGCAUCAUGAUCCCAGGGAGUGGUCAUGACUGUGACCGCACCACAACCACAUCACUAGACUCACAUCUGCACUAGGUAAAAGUAUGACUACACCCACAGGUGUGAAAAAGGCUGAUCACAUACAUUAAAUAGGUGAUGAAAUACAAGUAUAAGGGCAGCUACACUAGCACGUUUGACCAAUGCAAUGUUCUGAGAAUGAAAAGCAAAGAAGAAAAUCAUUCAUGCUAUAUUGCUUCUGUAUCACCUCCAGCAGUGACAGCUGGUGUAGGAACAAUUUAUGUUCCAUUAUAAACUGGGGGGUUUGAGCCCUGAGUGCUGAUUGGCUGACAGCCGUGGUAUAUUACUGCUGUAAUUACGUUGGUAACCAGUUUAUAAUAGCAAUAAGGCACCUCGGGGGUUCGUGGUAUAUGCCUAAGGUAUACGGCUAAGGGCUGUAUCCAGGCACUCCUGUUUAUCCUUCGUAACUGGUGGGGUAAAGUUGAUUAUUUCCAUGCCUCGCUAAUGUAAACAUGUCUACCUGUUUCUAGCAGAAAGUAAAGGAGAGCACGGAGGGGAGAGAGGAGCUGAGGAACUCUAUCAGUAAAGAGCCCAUCUAUGAGUGGGAGGGUUCUCAGCGCGAGAGUCUGGGGCCCAUCACCUACGUGACCAAAGUCCACCUGCAGCACCUCCCAUGCCAGGUACAUCACCAUUCACCUUUUUGUGCUUUAUGAAGCGUCUAUGACACAUUAUAACCUGUCACUGAAACAUUAUAACCCAUCACUGAAACAUUAUAACCUGUCACUGCAACAUUAUAGCCUGUCACUGAAACAUUAUAACCCUUUACUGAAACAUUAUAACCGGUCUCUGACACAUUAUAAUCUGUCAAUGAAACAUUAUGAUCUCUCACUGAAACAUUAUAACUUGACAGUGAGACAUUAUAAUCUCACUGAAACGUUAUAACCUGUCUUGUCACUGAAACAUUAUAACCUGUCACUGAAACAUAGCAUGUAACUGAAACAUUAUAAUCUGCCACUGAAACAUUAUAACCUGACAGUGAGACAUUAUAAUCUGUCACUAAAACAUUGUAACCUGUCACUGAAACAUUAUAACCUAACAGUGAAACAUUAUAACCUGUCACUGAAACAUUAUAACCAGUCAUUGAAACGUUAGAACCUGCCACUGAAACAUUAUAGCCACUAAAACAUUACCUGUCAGUAAAAAAUUAUAACCUUUGAUGUUAGAACAUUUGGACAUCUUCUCUGGAAGUUUGACAUUGAUAUUCAAAUAUCACUAAAACAAAGAAGCCUGACUGCACACAAUUCACUUGCGCAUAAACAAAGAAGAUGAAUAAGAGAGUGUAUUCAUGGUCUUGGCUGUUGCUAAGUUGUUUUGCGAAACAAGAUGAUUCGUAGAAUUGUCCACUAGACAGUUAUGACGCCUACCUGUUAUCAGACAGACAGCAGGGAUCUGAGAAUGAGUAAAAAUAACAUCAUCAAUCAGUAGCAUUUACCUCAGAGCUCACUCUCACACACACAGUAUUGUAUAACUAACAUUGUGGGGACACACAAUUCAGUCCCAUUCAAAAUCCUGUUUUCCCUAACCCUAACCCUAACCUUAACCCCAAAACCUAACCUUAAACCUAACCCUAGCUCAUAACCCUAAACCUAAUUCUAACACUAAUCCUAACCUUAACCCUAAACCCCCUAGAAAUAGCAUUUGACCUUGUGGGGACACACACACACACACACAUACACACACACACACACACACACACACAAACAAACACACAGUCUUGUAUAACUAACCUUGUGGGGACACACAAUUCAGUCCCAUUCAAAAUCCUAUUUUCCCUAACCCAAACCCGUAACCUUACCCCCGAAAACCUAACCUUAACCCUAGCUCCUAACCCUAAAACUAACCCUAGCUCCUAACCCUAAACCUAAUACUAACCCUAGCACUAAUUCUAACCUUAACCCUAAACCCCCUAGAAAUAGCAUUUGUCCUUGUGGGGACUAACAAAAUGUCCCCCGUUAGUACAUUUUUUGUUUGUUUGCUAUUCUUAUGGGGACUUCUGGUCCCCACAAGUAUAGUUAAACACGUCCACACACACACACACACACACAGUACAUAAGGAGUGGGCAGUGUUGUCUGCUGUGACUCUAUACCUUGAGGGAGGGUAUGGGCAGUACAGGAGUCUACUACAGUUACUGAGACUCCUACAAUACAGCAGCCAAAGAAAUACAUGCUGCCCAUUGCUGACUAGGCUUAAUCCUAUCAAAAAACAUUGCUCAUGUAGCCUGCGGGUGAAUCUGCAAAUUAAUGUUUGGUGGGAAAUAGCGGUAGGCCGGUUGAAGUCUCUGAGAGGGUAGUUUGUGGGCUCGUAAACUGGGUGUGUGAAAGGCAGUUGCUUGGCUCAAGCAACAACUUGACUCACCUCACAGCUGGAAUGUCAGGUGUCUGUCAGGCACACACACACACACACACACACACACACACACACGGUCGGGGAGAUAACGUCCCACUUGCAUUUAGCUACUGUUUCAAUCUAAGGCCUUCUAUAUUUGACACAGAAAGCCCAGUAGAAUUGUGUAACAGCAACACAGCAUCUGACGUGAACACACAUAAAUUAGCUCUAAGACAUGACACUUAAUCUUACACUGAACACAAGAUACAAGGUAAAUCAAAUCAAAUCAAUUCAAGCUUCAUCUAUACAGCACAUUUCAGACAUUGAAUGCAAAGCAGUGUGCUUCACAGGAAAAAACGAAUAAAAAACGAUUAAAAUAAAAACUGAAAUAUUUAUUACACUAAAAAACUAAAGAAUAACAAAAACUGAAUGACUAAAAAGCACCCAUAGGAAAAGCAAAGCUAAAAAGUUGUGUUUUAAGAUCUCUUUUAAAUAUGUCCACAGUUUUGGCCCCCCUCAGGUUCUCUGGCAGGCUAUUCCAGAGGCUGGGGGCAUAAUAACUAAAGGCUGCCUCUCCAUGCCUCUUGGUCCUAGGCUAUGGGAUAGUUAAAAGGCCAGUGCCAGAGGACCUGAGGGACCUACUGGGUACAUAAAUUAAAAGUAUGUAUCAUGUAUUGGGGUGCACAAUCGUGGAUUGAUUUAAAAACCAAUAGAAGAAUCUUAUAAUUAUUUCUAAAACUCACAGGCAGAGAUCUUAAAACCGGUGUAAUGUGUGCUCUCCGUCUGGUCUUGGUCAGGACCCGUGCUGCAGCAUUCUGUAUGUUUUGCAGUUGACCAAUGGCUUUCUUGGGUAGACCAGACAGGAGAACAUUACAGUAGUAAAGCCUGCUUGUAAUGAAGGCACGGAUGAGUCUCUCUGUAUCAGCCUGAGAAAGAAACAGCCGCGCCGUGGCAAGAUACUGUACAUUGCGAGGUACGAAUGAAUGUAUAUUGAAUUAGCAAUUGAAUGCAGUGAGAGUUGAUUGUUGAUAUUGUGUCCACUACAGGAGCAGAGUGACAGACUGCUGGUGAUGUACCCCACCACUCUGAUCAUCCUAUCAGAAGAGUGCCACGGCCUGUUCUAUAAGGUACUUUUAAAAACGUCCCGUUGAACCAUGGAUAGACUCUUAGCUAGCCUGGUCCCAGGUCUGUUUGUGCCAUCAUGUCAUGCCAAUGAGUGACAAGGAGUUGGCAUGAAAUCAUAAACAGACUGAAACUCAGGCUUGCUCUUAGCUACAGUAUAGAUAUUUACCAUACAGUAGAUGUACUGCUCUGACCCUUGUUUCACCUCUAGCUCGUAUGAGUAACUCAUAGCCUAUGACACCUUGAUUACGCUCAAGGACAUACUUUGUCAUGUUUGCAAUCGUCUCCCUCUGAUCUGUCUGUGUGUCAGAAGUGUGUGUAACAGUGUGUGUGUGUUUGUGUGUGUGUGUGAUCGCAGGGGAAACUUCCACUCAACAUGAUCAGUGUGACCACACCCUGCCAGGACGUCAAGCCCAACACCUUCAUGAUCGAAGGUAACUUGACCGCUGAGCUAUACUCAUUUUAAAAUCUAAAUUACAAAUUAAGUUGACUUAAGUGCAAAUUGCCUCAUGCACACUCCAAUGAGUGACUGAAUCCAUUAACUGGCUCUGCUUUCCCAGGCAAGCUGAUAAACCCUAUCGUGGUGUCCUGUCUUGAUAAGAGGGAGUUCUGCGACUGGAUCCAGUACUUUAAAGCCUCUGAUGUCCCCGUGCUCAGCCCCCCGCCCCCCGUUUAUGACAUAAUCUACACCCCCACGCCGAGAGAGGUGAGACCCACCCCCCCCCCCGUUAGCUCAGGACCGUCCUAGAUUAGAACAAGAAGAGUUGGAGAACUGAUCCGAGAACAGCAAUGUGUUUGGUAGCCCUGAUUUGACUAUAGCCUCCUUCUAUUCUAUUGGAACCCCUAUGGACAGCAUUAUAUUGGAGGCUAUUACCAUAUCAACGCUAUGCAUCUUGCAUUCAUUUACACAUUCUAAGUUACCUUGUUUUGGUUUGGUGAAAGCCGUUUUUGUCUUAUUUAUGAUCCAUUCAUGUACAACUCAAACUACAUUUCACCUCAGUUUUAACUGUGUCCGACUGUCCGUUUGAUUGGUUUCAUUUGUUAACGCGUCGUGUUGUAUUGUUCCAACUAGGCUCCAGAGUUUGACAGGUGGAGUCGGAACAGCCAGAGCCAGGGUCGGAACAGCCAGGGUCGGAGUGAGUCUCUGAGGCUGGGCCAGUCCCACAGAGGACAGGGGUCAGGGUCUGGAUCCCACCACCUCCAGUUCCCCCCCAGACACGAGGACAACCCUCUGUCCCCAGGGUACACAGAACCCCUAUGUGUAAGUUUGCAUUUGAACACUUUCUACCAGACCUGGAUGAAAUACAUAUGUCAAAUACAUUCAGAUACUCAAUCUGCGAUUGGUUUAGGUUGUCCAGGGCCUGGUUUCCCGAUAGCGAUGGAACUUAAGAGUGUUUUAACGAUGCAUCGUUCCUAUAACGGCCGGAGAUGUCACAUGCUUCCCAAAACACCACGUAGAGAGAGCGUUCACAAGUGUGUCAUUGGAGCAUGUGUCAAUACUGAUAGGAUCAAAAGAAAGGCAGCGCUGCUCUUGGAUCAGCUUUCUCCAUUCAAAUCUUACCUUAACAUUCGAUUUAUUCCACAAUCCUGACGACGGAUCAGCUCCUAGAGAGAUAUUAGGCAAAAAUUACAGACAGCAGCCCACAAUUAGCUAAAUAAAACUCUAUUAAAUGAACAUGAAAAUGCAAACUCUAAGCUCAAUGAAGUGCACCUCAAAAACAGUGUUUGAAAGUAUUUGACAUGUAUUUGACCGAGGUCUGCUUUCUACUAAGAAACUAGAGUGAAUCUGAGUGUGUACUACUGGUAUGUGAACUAGCCCACGUAAAGUUAAUUUAUUUACUUUUACGCUACGACGUGUGGUGUUGUAAGGCUCUGCUCUGUGGUGGGGGUAUUUACGUAGCUGGUAUAAAGCAUGUAUCUGAUGUCCACAGGACUCUAUCAUGAAAGAGCUUGUUUGUUUUGGUGGAGUUGGGCAGAGCAGUAGGAGCACUUUUCGUUUCCAAAGGUGAAUUAUUAACCAAGGUCUAGACCGUGCCUCUCCUGUUACAACCCAAGCCAACGCUGAAGUCCUGAAGCCUCCCGAAAACGAGAUCAAAACAUGUUUGUUUUUUCCCCCUCUGAUAUAACACCAUAAAGACACAUUUGACCAUGAAAAAUGAUGAGCACGUACUUGCUGCCUUAGCAAUCAACAGGUUACCUGAGAACAGAGAGACCUUAAGAAUCAACAGAAGUGCCGUACGCUAUCAAGACCUUGAGCGGACUCCUUACAGAGCGAAGGACCCUGCAGACUGGUCGCUCAUCCAAUUAGCUUAUAGUGGGAAAACAUUUUGUUCUUGGUGUGUGUGGCCUACUUUUAGCUACUGAAAUGCACCUCCUCGGUAACAAUUAAGAUGAUUGAAACCUUAAACUUUCCUUGCUUACACUUUGGCAACAAAUAACAUCAGCUAGACUUUGGGUGCUAUUCAAGCAAAGCAGGAAUACAACUUUACUUUUCAGGGCGGGUAUAGGAACAAUAGCAUCAUAUCAGGUUCGCCAGAUUCCAGAUUUGUUUGAACACCACUCUUUGGGACGAUUUCCCGGAUCCAAAUUAAGCCCUGGACUAAAAAGCAUGCUCAAUGGAGAAUAUCUUGGUGCGUUUUAGUUCAGGACGAGGCUUAGUCUGGGUCCGGGACACCACCCCUUUGUGUUAAUUUGUAUCACCCCGGUUAGUUGUGAUGUCACUGAGCAUACUUGACCUUUGCCCUCUGUCUGUGUGUCCUUACAGUACAUCUCCAGUCGGCCCACGUCCACCGAGACGGCCGGACUGGGAAGCCGCAGCAACAGUGUGUCGUCCCACACCAGGCCUGAGCGCGACCUCCGACCUUUGUCGCUGCGCUACUCCUCCCCACAGCAUUGCUCCUACCUCACCCCUGAGGGGCCGGUGUACAACAUGCCCUACUCAGGCCUGCACUGUGACCGUGCCAGCACCCAACAGCGUCUGGAGAAGGCCCCUCUCGUCAAGGUACUAACUUCUGUCUGGUGCCUAACUUGAUAAUGGAAUAUUCCCUCUGGGACUUUGCUUUGCUGUAUGUCAUGUGUGCUAGAUCUGAAACAGCCUACCACAAAACAACAGGGCUGUCAGUUAAAGGAGUAGGAGGAUAGUUGCCUGCGGUGUAAAACGAUUUGUUACAGUACCUCUCCAGCUUAAUUCAGUUGAUAUGUCUCAGGGGAGAUAUUACCCCAUAAGUGCUGGACAGGAAACAACUUUCCGUAACCUUCAGUUGUCAGUGGGUUCCUAAACUAAGUCAGACAGACCCCCCCCCCACCCCCACCACUAAAGACAGAUCAGUGUAGCAGGCUAGCGGCAUACACUCCACGAUUCACACACUGCACACUAACUAGGACAGUUGUCACGCUAGUAGACUACACCCCCCAACUCCCCCCCACCCCUCUGUAGAUCAUGUCUGAGAUUAGCCCCAUCUCUCCGCUCGGUAACCCUACCCCAAAUCCCAGCACUAAGUGCAGCUUAAAUGGCCAUUCAUGUACUGUGCUGAGAGCAAAGACUGACUGUGAGUGGCGUAAUAAUAAUGAUGACCCCUGGAAAUCCCUGUGUGAUCAGUCCAACAGCUGGAGCACCCCGCAGACGUCCCUGAAGUACACGUCUCUUUCCGCCCCCCAGCGGCACUCGGAUAUGUGCGCCCCCCGGCAGCCCCUGUCACCCCUGUAUGACGAGCCCUGCACCCCCGACAUCUAUGCCCAGGAGGAGGAGAGCCGGGUCAGGCAGCAGCCAGCGGUAAGUGGGUCAUGAUACUGGAUUCAUACGUCUCAGUUUACACCACAAGCGCACCCGUGAAUUGAAGUUUUCUGUCUAGGUGUGUCUAGACUCUAGUCUCCAUAUUGACACAUUAGCAAGGUUGAGGUUCAUUUCUCUUCUGUGGCUUCAUAUGCAUGACUGUCAUUGGACAGAUACUUCAUCCAAUUGAUAAAUGCUCAUAAUGUUCAAUUCCUUUCAAACUAUCAAAUCUAUUUAGCCCUUUUAACAUUUAUCACAAAGUACUUUACAUCUACUACUACCAAUUGGACCUGAUGGCUUUCUAAUGCUCUCUUCCUCUGACCCUCAACAGCAGUGUGUGAGAGGACCACCACAGCAGCAGCAGGACCCUCAUCUCCUACCCUCCUCCUUCCAGCUGCGCACCCCUCCCCUGGGCAAGCGCUGCCGGAGGAGCCUCGUACUCAUCCAGGGCCAGGGGCUGGAGAUGGAGGGCCCUCAGGGGCCAAACCAGAGAGCUGAGGCCGUCUCCAGACUGAGGCUGCUGCCUGCACCCAAAGCAGUGCAAGAGGAGGUGAGAAACUGAAACUCAAUGGCUCACAUUCACAAAGUGUGAAUGCUGAUCCUAGAUCACUCCUACUCUGAGACGCUUUAUUGAUACGGGCCAAUGCGUCUUACAGUGUGGAGUUGUAAAUGCAAUAGUUUUUUGACCUUGUAUGUAUGGUAUGGAUGUGGCCGGGAUUCAAUCCGAACUGUGUUGUAGCAUUGUAGCGCUUGAUAUUCAAAGGUCAUUUCUAAUUUGGACUAUAAAUGUAGUUAUUGACAUAGCCUUGUUCUGUUCAACGUUCUCUACCUACAGUAUAUAGUACUCUAAAUACCCCAAUUCAUGUUGUUAAGUAAAAAAGAAUACAAGAUAAAAAUUGCUGACACCAUUCAAACCAAUGAGGGUUCAGAACUUUAAAGCCAAUUAUCUCAGGAUAAACUUUUUGCAGAUUUAACCUUAUAUUCCCAAGCUCUCGAAUUAAGCCGACAUCUGCAGCCUUUACCUUGAAUGCAAUCUCCGCAAACGCAACAACAUUGCCUUUAAAAGGCACAUUGUCGGCAGCGCUGUAAGGCUUGAAUUCCGGCCAUAGUUAAUGCAUUAUGGAUCAAUCAUAUUUAUUUUGAAUACUAAGGUAUAAUCUCCAUGUGUUGUACUCUAUAAUAAUCAUCUCUAAAGUACUAUGUGUUGUUCUUGUACAUGUGAAACAGCUUUGUGUCCUCAUAUUUUGACAGAGGGUCUUCCCCAUGAUGCCUGCUAUGAACACCACCCAGAUGCUCAAUGGUUUCUCGUCAGGUAAGAAUGUCAAGCAUGCUCAUGUAAACUUGCACUAUCACAAUGGAACAACAUUCUUCACCUUGUGCAGUUAGGACCAGAAAAGGAUACACUUCAAGUUGUGACACAGAUAGUAAAUGCUAUGUUUUUAAAACUGAAACAACAAAUAACUUGGUUACCUUUAGCUUACUACGUACUUAGCAUUUCUUUCUGACAAAAAAAGGAACGCUCACCAUUUCAAACCUCUCUAUGAUAUUGUCACAUUGUCAUUAGCACACUUAAAUCCCACUAAAAUCAGCCUUAGUUGGUAACAAUCUACUUCAAAAACCUCAAUGACACAGAAGUCUGUUCAUAGGGAGACUGUAGUUUUACCCCUUCCAAGAAAAACAGGGCACAUUUACACAUACAGUAUAGGCCUGUAUAGUAUAGAACAUUGGAGUAUUGGACUGGGUGUGUCUGUCACCAUGCAGUCAGACAGGCUAUCUCUGCAGAAAGAAAAGUGCAGGAAAUGCACAGGUGUGCCAAUGAAAUGGAGCUUAGGCUAGCGUUAAAUGCCAUGUGUGCAGGUGUCUCAUGGGGGUGAAACCCAGUGUAAGAGAACACUGUUCCAGACAGUGUUACUACUAGCUGUGAUUGACAGCGCACAACUGGCCUACUCUCUCUAGCACAUAUCUAUGGGUCCUUUUAUCUAAUAUAAAAACAGGAUGAGUUUUAAAGAUCUCCAAAUAUAACCCACUAUAUAAUCGGAUAUUAGGACAUUCCAGGUGAUCAUUUCAAGCCGUAUGUCUUUCUUAGGAGAAAACAGAGGACGAACGUGGGUGAUGUUGUAUAGGCAUGCCACAGUACCGGUUUUACAGUACAGUAUGAUUGUAUGUUAGGCCGAAGAAGGCAGUUCACACACACCAUGAGAGAGUUAUAUACAUUGGACCUGGUCCAAAACUGUUGCCCAAUCUGGGCGAGGUCUUCUAUGCUUCUUCCUCUACUGCUAUAAAACUAAAAGCCUGGGAAUCGUUUCUCUUGACCCCACAGAUCACAACUCGUACCUUGAACCGUCCGAGCCAGAUGACCAGGAAAUGGACUAUGACAACAUUUGGGAGUACGACUGCAAUACUGGGAUGAUUCAACCCGUGUCUGGAAUUUCGCCACACCGGACGGGAUUAGACUUUGGGGCCAGAGGCCUGGGUGCCAUGGCUACCAACCAGCAGAGAUGGUUCUAA